CAAAAUGUCAGCUGUUAUUGUUGGUGGUGGAUUGUCCGGCCUUUCAGCUGGUUAUUAUUUACUUAAAAAAAUUCCUAAACAGCCAAUAACACUCUUGGAAGCUUCGAAUCGCCUAGGGGGCUGGAUAAAAUCUAAUUCGUUGGAUAACAAUGUCAUUUUUGAAGAAGGUCCACGAACAAUUAGGCCUCAUGGACCAGCCGCUGCAAACACCCUGUCGUUGAUUGAAGAGAUUGGUCUGGGGAAAGAUGUACUACCGAUUUAUUCAACACAACCUGCAGCUAAAAACCGUAUGAUAUAUGUUAAUGGGCAGUUACACUUUCUUCCCUCUUCUGUGGGAAGUUUAUUUAAAACAAUACCACCCUUUACAAAGCCUUUAGUUAGAUAUCUAGCACAAGAUUUAUUUGCUUUUAAAAAGAGUGUUAAAGAUGAAUCUAUUUAUGAAUUUACUAAGAGGAGAUUUGGAAUAGAGUUUGCUGACUACUUAAUAAGUUCAAUGAUAUGUGGUAUUUGUGCUGGCAACGCUAAAGAGAUAAGUGUAAAUUUCUUAAUGAAAACUAUGUUUGACUAUGAGCAAAAAUAUGGAAGCAUAUUUAGGGGACUAGUAAGGAAUAUUUUUAAUUCUAAUUCCAACAAAUCUACACUUAGUGAACUAGCUUUAAGAUCAAAAAAAGAACGAUGGAGUGUUUAUUCAUUUAAAAAUGGUUUGGAGACCCUUACAGAAAGAUUAGAAACUUCUUUGAAAAAUGAUGUAUUAGUAGAACUGAACACAAAAUGUAUUAACUUAGAGAUCAAUUCAAAUAAAGUAUUUUUGGAGCUAAAUAAUGGAAAAUUCGUAGAAACAUCCAAAGUAAUCAGCUGUAUUUCUUCAGAAAACUUGGCACAAUUAUUAAGAAAUCAACAUCCAGAAUUGUCUUCACUUUUAGACAGUAUUAAAAGUGUUACUGUAGGUGUGGUUAAUUUACAGUAUGACCAGAAACUGAUAACGAAAGAAGGAUUUGGUUUCUUAGUUCCUCCUAGAGAAAACCUUCCAAUACUGGGUGUUACUUAUGACAGUUGUUGUUUUCCCAAAGGGAAUAACACAGUACUGACAGUGAUGAUGGGUGGUGCCUGGUUUGAACAACUUUUUGGUAAAAAUCCCAGUGAAGAUUUACUCUUACAAACUGCUACAGAACAAUUAAGAUCAAUAUUAAAUAUUAAUGAAGAACCAGUGAGAUCCAAAGUAAGCAUUCUUGAAAAGUGUAUUCCUCAGUAUAGGGUUGGGCAUAAUGAAACUGUAGAAAGAAUUAAUGAGUAUAUUGACGACAAAAAGUUACCUCUGUAUCUCUGUGGGUCAUCCUACUAUGGGGUUGGUGUUAAUGAUGUAAUUUUAUCUGCAAAAAAUGCUGUAGAUAAAAUUGUUUUAUAACAUAGUGAAAUUUGAGCAUCAGGUUUACUGAACAAUAAAAGGUUUAAUAAUUUAUUAGAAUUUGUAAGCAAAGUGUAACAGCUGGAAUAAGUUUGUGCCAUCAAGGUUUUUAAUGAUUUUACAAGAAGUUCAUGUAGGUUUUUCUAUCAGCUAAGUCUUGGAAUUAUUUAAGUAAUUGAGAAUAUAAUAAAAAAAAUAAGUAAUAUAAAUAUGAUAAAAUGGUGGAAUUUGUAAAUAUAAUGGAUAGCACUCUAUUCUAUUUUUAUUUGGUGUUGGCAUAAUUUCUCAUUAAUAUUCAAUAAAAUAUUGUAAGUUUCUUCAUCCAAAUGCAAAAACUGUUUACACUGAAAAUUGUUGUAAAGCUAUAAGAAAUGUAUUUUACAAAUGUAGAUUUAUUUCUGCAGUGAAUACUGCCAAACCAUAUGUGUCUUAUAUUUUGCAUGAUGAAUUUGCAGCUCUCAAAAGUCUCUGUUUUCUUCUUGCCAGGUUCAUUUAAUUCGAUUUAACUGUCAUGCUAGAUAUAUCUGUCUAUGCAGAAAAAGUCAAUGAUUUACAACAUUAGGAUUAAUUAUGAAUCAAAAUUAAAUCAAAUUUCCAUCAUCAAAGGAUUUCCCCAAUGGGAUAAAAUCUAAAAUUUCUGAAAAUAUAUUAUGUUCCAUAAUUUAGUAUUCUCAAAAUUCCCAAAAAAAUCUCUUGCUUCACUCUAUUCUCAAUAUAAUUAAGUCACUAACGUACAAACUCACAAAGUAGUUAUGAAACCAAUAAAGGAUAUACUAGUUGUACUUUGUCCUAUACCUACAAUUCUUCACAUUUUAUUAGAUUAGAUUGGAUUGGAUGUGUCUCAUUUCUAUUUACCAACAUUCCCAUCCAAGAUUCCACUGUAGAAAUAAAUCUGUAGUCUUACAAAUUUAAUAUUUUUAGAAAUAUUUUGUAUUUUGGAAAAAUGACAUCAACUGAACAGUUAGUUCUCUAAAGUAGAAAAUAAAGACUGAUGAGAAAGUAAC